CCCAUUGACGUGUUUCAAGCGGGAGGCCGUCGCGGGCGCGUGUGAGGAGGAGAGGCGCCGCAGGAAGAAGACAACUAGGAUGCCAGUAGUUGUACGGAAACUUAAAGAUCCUGAUGUAAAUCCUUGUUUGGCGGAAUCGGAUGCCUCUAACAGAUGCAUGAAUGACCAUAACUAUGACAGGGACAGGUGCGUCGUUCACUUUUUGAAGUACAAAAAUUGCAAACGUUUUUGGAAUUCUGUUAUGGUACAAAGACGACGAAGCGGAGUUCAUCCUCCUCUGCCCCCCGCAGCAGAAAGAGAAGAAAUGUUGAGAGCUAUGGGAGAGAGACCUUAUUGAGGACUGACUUAAUUUAUAUUGUUUCUGUGUAUAACAUGAGGACUUCUAAGCUGAGGAAUUGCCUGAACACCUUAGGCAAAUCCUUAAACUAUUAUUUUCAUUUCCAGGCUCCUGUAAACACGGAUUUAUUUGGCAUGACCUUUGUUUAAAUGAAUUCAAACACGCCUCCCAAGAGGCCUAAAAAUAGGCAUAGGACUCAUGUACAUUCAGAAAGCCAGUUCUUACUUUUAAUAACUUUUCUAUUAAGGGACUUUCUUCCCUAUGUGACCAAACCUUGAUCUAGUAAAGAAAAUGAAUAAAAUACUUCACUAACUUAAAUUCA